AUUACUUUUCAUAAAAAGAAAAGUGUGCGUGACAGAGUGCUUUCGUAGAACUAUGUCCGCGUCUGGCGCGAGUGGCGCGUUUCCUCCUUAUCAGCACGAUGACUAUUUUUGUCUCCCUUUCUCUAGCCAGACGCUAGUGUCAUUGUCAUUGUCAUUAUUGUCAAGUUGUGUCAUGUCAAUGUCAUCAUGAUGUGUUUAAUGAAUAUGUUAUAUCAAUAUUUUAAUUAUUUAUUAUUUUAUUAUUGAACUGAAGUUCCCGUUGAUUUGCUUGUAUCGAUUGUUGAUUUUGAGUUUUGUCUUAUUAUUAUAAUAUGAGCUAUGUCCAGCGUGAACAAGAAUAUGGCAUGAAUUUACUGAAAGUGAGAAUUACGAAUUGACAUGACGUUAGAAGACCCAUUUUUCGUUGUAAAAGAUGAAGUAUUCAAGGCCCUUAACAAAACAAGAGGACUUUAUCUUAGAUGGACUGAACUCCAGGAUGAUUCUGUCUCUAUAACUAAGGAUGAGAUUGAAUGGACCAAUACUGAGUUGAAAAAUUCACUGCGCAGUAUAGAAUGGGACCUAGAAGACUUAGAAGACACUAUUGAUAUUGUAGAGAAAAAUCCUUCUAAAUUCAAGAUAGAUAACAAAGAAAUUACAACAAGAAAACAUUUCAUUGAUACAACUAAGAACGAAGUCAAGUUGAUGAAAGAAAAGAUAAACAUGAAUAGAAAUAGGGAUCGCAUUGCAAGACAGCCCCUUCUGGAAAGUAGUCCAGCCAGGGUUACUAACUCCCACAACACAACAAAAUAUUCCAAGCUGGAAAAUGAUCUGGAUAGUCCCCAAAGACAAUUCUUGAAUGAAACUUUGAACCAACAGCAGUACUUGAGUAGGCAGCAAGAAGAUCACUUGGAGGCUAUUAGUGAUUCUUUGGGCAGUUUGAAAAUAGUUUCAAGGCAUAUAGGAGUGGAAUUAGAUGAACAAGCUGGGAUGUUGGAUGAGUUUGGAACAGAAUUAGAAAAUACUGAUUCAAAAUUGGAUUCUACAAUGAAGAAGGUUGCCAAAGUUCUGAGAAUGUCUAAUGAGGGAAGGCAGUGGACUGUCAUUAUUAUACUAGUUUUACUUCUUAUUAUUGUGAUAUCUUUAUUUUUCAUUCUGUGAUUUUUUUAUAUUUAUUGCCAUUUAUUUCAGACUCAGUGUAAGUACAAAAUUGAAACAAUUCACACUAAUUACACAUUGUUUUUAGUACAUUAAACCUAUUCUUAUUUAUUGUUUUUGGUAGGUAUUUUAAUUUUAAUAAGCCAAGUCAUAUUGAAAUAGAUAAUGCAAGACCUUUCAGAUCUAAUGAAGAGUAUCUUCCAUUUAGUUAGAACUUUCCAUCAACUUUUUUAGCUUUGGUUGGCUUGUUCAUAUAUGUAUUAUACAUUAUAUUUAAAAAAUCAUUCUCAUGCUUCUUGUAGUAUAUUUUUUGUGAAAGGUUUAUUUAUAGAAAUAUUUAUACCUACUUGCCAUAAGGUGAAGAUGACAGUAUGUGCAAUCCAUAGAGUAUGUUUUAUUUAUAUUUUUAUAUAUGUGUUGUUGGUGUUCAAUAUUAUUAUUAUUUUUUAAUUGUUGAGGUGCCAUAUGAUAUGGUCUGAGUUGUUAGAGGAAAUUCAUGUAAUAUUAGCAACAGAUACAAUAAAUUGGUAUUUUUUGUCCAAUAAAUUCAAUCUAGGUUGAAUUUGUGUUGAUUUUGAAUUUUUAUUAGGUAUACAUG